AUGAUUCUUGUGGUCUUUUUUGCCUCCUUUCUUCUCUCUUGUCUACCUUUUCUUCACUCUGCUACAAACCACAGCAUUUCUACAUCAAUCUGCCCAAAAAGUUUCGUUUGCCCACAUUUAGCCCCAUCCAAGUACCCUUUUUAUAAUGCCAGUGACACGCAAUGCGGGUUGAUCAAGGUCAACUGUACUUCGUAUGGUGGGGAAAUUCGUCUUGGAAGAGACUCAUAUCAGAUUCAUGGCAAUUUUGUAUCUGAUUCUUCCAUCUGGGUUGUUAACAACAUGUUUGAAAAACUUGUACAGAAGGAAAGCUGUCACCUUCCUGCGAUAAGUGUCACAAGGAAGAAGGCCAGUGUCAUACUCCCAAUGGACAGUUUCUAUGUUCCAACGCCAAAAUGGGUGAUGCGCACUGGCACAACCAUGAUGGGACUCAAGUCUACCAACACAAAAAAGGCAGAAAUAGAAAAAACACACAGAAAACUGACACUCAUCCUAGUUCUCGCUGGAUCUGCCUUCAUCCUCAUCCUCUCUCGUCUUAUGUUCAUAAUCUGGCGACGCUACAAGACCAACCUUCCUUCCUAUUACUCAUCAAAGGACGACAUAUCACCAAACAAUGAAGAUGGGAGUCUUUUCUAUGGUGUCUCUGUUUUCUCCUACACAGAGCUUGAAAAUGCCACCGAAAAUUUCGACCCUUCUAAGGAACUAGGGAAUGGAGGUAAAAGAGCUGUUUACUAUGGUAAACUCCAAGAUGGCCGAGAAGUUGCAGUGAAGAGACUCUACGAGCACAAUUACAAGCGAGUCAAACAAUUUAUUAAUGAGGUCAAAAUCCUCACCAGAUUGAGGCAUCCCAACCUCGUGGUCCUCUAUGGUUGCACUUCUCGACAAAGCCAUGAGCUUCUCCUUGUGUAUGAGUACAUCUCCAAUGGCACUGUUGCAGAUCACCUCCAUGGCGAACUAUCAAAUCCAAGCUCGCUAACAUGGCCCUUACGUAUGAAUAUCGCCAUUGAAACUGCCAGAGCUUUAGUGUACCUUCAUGCCUCUGAAAUCAUACACCGAGAUGUCAAGACCAGUAACAUUCUCCUUGAUCACAAUUUCAGUGCCAAGGUAGCAGAUUUUGGGCUCUCCAGGCUCAUACCGAAUGAUGUCACUCACGUGUCUACAGCUCCUCAGGGAACCCCAGGAUACGUGGAUCCCCAAUAUCACCAUUGUUACCAAUUAACGGAUAAGAGUGACGUUUACAGUUUUGGAGUGGUCUUGAUUGAACUAAUAUCAUCAAUGGUGGCUGUCGAUUUAAGCAGGUCACAAGAUGAGAUUAGUUUGGCUGAUCUAGCUUUGAACAGGAUACAAAGAUGUGCGUUAGAUCAAUUGAUAGACCCGGAUCUAGGAUCCAAUUCAGAUGCUGAAAUUAUGAGGAUGAUAACAUCAGUGGCAGAGUUGGCUUUUCAAUGUUUACAGUAUUAUUCAGAAAUAAGGCCUACGAUGAGUGAGGUGUUGGAUGUGUUGGAGGAUAUUCAAGCCCCAGGGAGAAUUGAUUCUGUAAAACCGCCACCACCGUCUGAAGCCAGUGAUAAGACGGUUUUGUUGAAAGACUUCUUGCCUUCGCCGGUCUCCGUCACCGGUGAAUGGCACAGCGAAAGCACCGUAUCAACUACACUUAGCGUUACAUAGAUUCCUAAUGAAGAGCCGUAUCAGAACAAAGCAUCAUCAUGCAAAUUCAGGUACAUAGUAUGGUUUCUGUUCGAUUAUUCCAUCGUUUCUAUGCCUGAAUAUGAAACUUUUCAUGAGAUCAGUAAAAGGAAUGUAAAUAAUAUUAGAGAUGCAUCAUUAUUGUAUACCACCAAUGGAGCAGUUUUAUCAA